AUGUCUACAGAAUCUCCCAGCUCCACGUGUACUCACAGUGCCAACAAGUCCCUGACAACGACACCAGCCCCUCAGAUCUCCUCCCUACGCACAUGUGAGCCUCCAGGGUCCUCCCUCCAGCAGAUGGUGCACUCACAGUGUGAUAGCAGUUCUGUGUCAUUUACCACUGCCCAGCGUGAGAAAGAAAGCGCCACCUACAGACACAGAAAUGCCGCUGCAGAGACCUGCAGGAGGCACAGCAUUGAUGGAGCCAUGGUAACACAGAGUCAAAGGUCAAACUUAGGGUCAGUGUCUGAUGACCGCUUCCACCCCUACCGUCGUCAGUUCAGCAACGGUGGGGUUGCCACGGGUUGGCUGGCCCCUGGUCCCCCUGGUCCCCCUGGUCCCCCGGGGUCUCAUCCCUUCAUCAGUCUCGGAGAGGUGGAGUCUCCAGAUGGCUUCACAGACACAUCAACCAGUGAGGAACAGACAUGCUGGGAUACAUACAACGGGAGUUUCCAGGCUUCCAGACUGAGGCAGGGCUCCCAGCACUCUUACCCAGAACCACUGGCUGCACCCAAGGAACCUUCCUGCUUCCUGUCCCAAGGCCAUGCCUCCUACAGCCCCCUAGCUCCACUGCAGCAGGUGAGUGGGCAGGACCAAAGUGUGUAUUCUACCAGUGGAAAAUCCAAAAGUUCUCAGUACUCUCUCCAGUGCCUCUCCACUCCAACCCAUCAGGACAGUAGCAUGCAGUCCCUCUUCCCCAAGCCCAUCUACUCAUACAGCAUUCUGAUCUUCAUGGCUCUGAGGAACAGUAAGACAGGGAGUCUCCCGGUUAGUGAGAUCUACAGGUUCAUGACUGAACACUUCCCCUACUUCAAGACGGCUCCAGAUGGAUGGAAGAACUCGGUCCGCCACAAUCUGUCUCUGAAUAAGUGCUUUGAGAAGGUGGAGAAUAAGAUUGGCAACUCUUCCCGUAAGGGCUGCCUGUGGGCCCUCAACCCAGCCAAGAUAGAGAAGAUGCAGGAGGAGCUACACAAGUGGCGCCGCAAAGACCCCCUCACUGUCCGCAAGAGCAUGGCCAGGCCAGAGGACCUGGAUCGCCUGUUGGGGGAAAGACCAGGGAAUCUGAAAUCUUUACCUUUUUACCACCAGACCCCACUGUCAACCAGCACCCCCGCUACAUGUCCCCCACCACCCCCACCCCUUCUCCUUCUACUCCCCUGCGGACAGCAGCCUCCAUCAGGUAUCCCUCCCAAUGUGGGUACCUUGGGUUCACCUUUGGCGGGGCAGACACCCUCCAACUGUAGCGCCACCAUACAGGCAGAGUAUAAAUUUGGGCCCAGGAGCAUGCAGGAGCUACAGCUAGAGGGAGAUGCUAGUAACGAUAUCGACACGCUCAACCCCAGCUUGACUGACCUGCAGCUCCACGGUUACUUGUGGGAGGAGCUGAGAGAGGACAGCCUGGCUCCUGAUUCGCUGGUAGCAAUCAGUCCCUCCUCGUCCCCCUCAUCUUCCCAGCCAACACACUUCCUCCUGGGGUCAAGUCUGAGGAGCACCUGUCCUGUCAACCAGACAUCAGAGUUGAUCUCUGUCGGGCUGGGGAAGGAGGAGGAAGAAGAUGAGGAGGAGAUGGACGGAGGAUGUGGAGGUCCAUCAGACCUACAUAUUAAUGGACAGUACCACACAGCCUACACAGGUGUGGAGAGUUUAGCUGGUUACCUCACUUCCAUGGGGAACACCCCCAUACCUUUGCUUUGA